CACAAAGUACAUUAAGAAGAUGCUUCCCAUAGGAACCCUCAGAAGAAUAGCAGAGUACAAAGAGUGCGAUGUCUGCAGCAAAUAUAUUUACAACCCCGUUCUUAUAUACACAUCCCUGACCAUUGCAGACAACACAGUCCCCAUAAAGUACAAUUUGUGCAGUGACCACGAGAUUGACAUCAGCAAUCCGUACAAUUCAAUACGAAAAUCACUGUUUAUUGAAGAAAGACACUUGGACCGAUCAGAAGAAGCAGAGGAAAGCAGGGAACUGAUUGACAUCCUGCAAGUAGACAAGCUGAUUGAGAAGUACAACAGAAAACUAUACAAUAAUCUUAGAGAAUGA